ACUACAGUACGAGGAUGUGCGAGGUGUGAUCAUCAUCACCAUCAUCAUCUGAAGAGUUUCUUCGGGUCCGGGCCCGAGACAUGCAUGACCUCAGCUGCAUUCUUUUCCAUAUUUUCCAUGCUAGAACUGCUCCUCGCCUCUCCCUAGAGUUGCAGAUCUCGCCCUCGUGCGGGCCUACAGCACACCAUACGGGCCGUCCAUGCUGUGCUGUACAGCGUGUUCAGCAGAGCAUGUCCAAAGAAAUAACGAAAUGUCUGUGGGCACACGGGAUGGCCGAGCGUAGCCACAACGCUCGCACGCGCGAAUCCAGGGUUCGGUGGCGAUCACGAACGAGACGCGAGGCGGUGCAGGGAGAGAAACGCGAAAAAACUUUCGGCCAUCUGCGCGUGCAGGGACGCGAAUGUCGCCCGAACACGUCGCCGCCGCCGUCGUCGUCGUCGGCCCACGUCGCAUCGCAUCGCGGCGACGAUCGUGACAAUGCAUGUUGCCAUCGCCGUUCAGGGGAGUCGUCGAUGAUGAUGAUGCAUGUUUGGCACUGGACUCGCGAACGGUUUCUCCCCAUCACCUGCAAUGCAUCUAUCACGUGAGUUCUCCUACAUCGGGAUGUUUCCAAUCCGAAAGGGUUCCCGGUCAACGCCGAUGUUCGUAACUGCUAGAAGUGCGUUGGCUCGUCUUCAUUACUCAUCAACCAUUGCGCAUGGAUUCAGUUCUCCAGUC